AAGAGAUUUGUUUUCAUUUUCUCCCAUAAUGCUUAGCAAAAUAUUAAGGAAGCUAGUGGGUCUUUCAAAGUAUUGGACAACAGUCUACCUUAAAUUACAUGUACAGUAAUUGUCAAAACAUAACUAAAGUGUCUACUUUCAUUCACAUGUUGUAUCACAACCAUUUGAGAUAAACAAAAUGUACCGAAGAAUGUUAAGGCUAUGUGAACCCAGUGGCCUGUGUGGACCAUGUCUCUGAUCCUGUUUGCCCUGGUGGUGCGGGUCAGGGAUGGUCUGCCUCUCUCAGCCUCCACUGACUUCCAACACAACCCAGAGCUGCAGGAGAGGAAGCAGCAGCUACGGACCAUCUCCAAGGCCCUUAGCCUGUUCCCCGACAGAGGGGCGGUCAAGGGCCAUGACCUCAACAUAUAUUUCCUGUCCAGUGAGGGCGUAUCCUACAUGAGCGUAUGUGACGCCAGCUUCCCUGCAGCCAUGGCCUUCUGUUUUCUAGAGGACCUGCGCUGGGAGUUCACAGCUCAUAUGGACAACGCCAAGGUUGCCCUGGCAGCCAGGCCGUACCCCUUUCUGGAGUUCGACAACAGCAUAGCCUGGCUACAGCUGCAGUAUAACCAGAGGGGUGGUCCAGCGCUGGAGGUCACUCUGACCGAGGUACAGGAGGAUCUGAAAACACGCCCUUUGCAGAUCCUCACCCUGGAGGAGGUGGAGCUUACCAACGGGUCAGCCAAUGGCCACGCGGAACAUCUUUCUGAAUCCGGUCAGAACCAGAGGUUGGCGCCAGUGACCGCCCCAGGAAUCCUCUCAUUGGUCCUCAACAUCAUGUGCUCUUCUCUGAACCUCAUCAGGGGAGUUCACCUCAUAGAGUACACCUUCCAGGAUGAUUAUGAAGGCAUCUGGAACGUGGUGGCGUUCCUGCUGGCGUUCCUGUGCUGUGUCGGUCAGUGUCACCUGUACCUGUUCCACUCUUCUCUGAAGAGGGUCAAGUCCCUGGUACUGCUGAGUGUGGUUGUGGUCUGUAACUGCUUUCUGUUUGGUCUGAGGAAUGUCUGGCAGCUGCUGUUUCACCUGGCUGUGGCUGUCCUCGUCACCCUCCUCACCCUCAACAGGAAACUACACGACAGAACCAAUGACUGCGGGGUCUGAGGGAGGGGGGAGCAUUUAGUGCGUAGCACCACCACAGUAGGCUACGUCCAGGCUGGUAGGGGAGGAGGAGGACCCACCCAGACAGACGUCUCCUAUCAUGUCCAGUGGGAUAUAACAUUGUUUUGUUUGUAUAAGGAUCAUUUGUUGCUUUAUUUCCAUGUUUAUUUGCACUCCGUUUACGUUGCGUCCCAGGCAGGUUUGAGGAGUAGUGGAGGUCGGGGGGGAUGUUGGAUGGUCCUCAAAUCGGCUUUUAGAAUGAUUUGAGCAAAUUACUUGAAUGAUAUGAAUUUGUAAUACUGUCUGGCUAUUAAAGGGCAUUCGUGUGAUGUUAGACUAUAGCCAGUCGGACAGUAGGUCUACAUUUGACGAGGUAAUUGAGAUUAGAUCGUCAGUGACGUAAAGAACACUCACUGUCCAAUCAGCCCACUGCUGUAGCUCAGUGAUAAUCAACUGUCUGAUUCUCCAGGGAGGGUCUAAAUACAGCUCGUCUCACGAGGAAAUGAACUGUGCUUUCAAUUUGCUUUGUUGCAUUCUUUCUCUUGUACACAAGGUAUAUUUUUUGCGUCUGUAGAAUUGACGAAUCAAAAUGUCUCACCAAAGUAUUUUCUGUUGUUAAUGCAGGAAGCUUGACAUAUCCCUCUAGUUUUACAACACCAGGUGUUAUUCCUCCUCACGGUGGUCAGUAUUGAGGAGUUAAUAUAUCUUUUUUAGAUCAUGGUUUUAUAGUUUACAGGGCUAAGUAAGGUAUUAUAUUAUUAGCAAUAUAAUGUAUCUAAGAAGGCUGUUGGUAAUACUAUGUUGCUUGGUAACAAUGUGGUUGUAGUUUAAUUGUUUUUCUUAUAUCUAAAACAUAUGGAAAUCAUACGUUAAAAUGAAUACAGAAACUUUUAUAUUGCGUAGUUAAAAUAGAUUUUGUAACACCGUAAUGAUGUAGUGACAGUGUAUGUUGCGUUUCGUAGUCCUAAAACGAUAGAUUAGAUCGAUUUGAUGCUUUUGGGGCUCCCGAGUGGCGCAGCUAGAGGCGUCACUACAGACCCUGGUUCGAUUCCAGGCUGUAUCACAACCGGCCGUGAUUGGGAGACCCAUAGUGCGGCGUGCAAUUGGCCCAGAGUUGUGAAGCUCUGUCCCCGGGGUAGGCCGUCAUUGUAAAUAAGAACUUGUUCUUAACUGACUUGCCAAGUUAAAUAAAUAAAUAUAUGUGAUUUGGGCGCCUUCCAAUCUGCGAUAUUUCUCAUGUCUAGUCUAAGGGCCCUAUUCAUAUUUUUACAGCUUGUAGUAAUCUGGUAAAAAAAGAAAUAUAAUUAAUUUCAGCAAAAUUUGAGCUGAAAAGACAUGAGUGGAAGAAACUAUUUACCGCUUUUUCUAUGAUUGAGAGACCGUUUUGAAUACAAAUUGUGAAUUGAAGAUUCAUACCCGCUCUACUGAAAUUCACACAGAGCCCACAAAUCUUGGUGAUCGAUGUGUAGAUAUGUGUUCCUCAAGCACCUGGUAAUAGAAUGUACAAUAGUUUUAGAUCCAAGACCAGUGAGUUGGCACUACGGUUGACUUGUUUAGUGUUAAUUACUGAAAUUAUCUUGUUGAGGGAACAAUGUGGGGGUUGCAGGAAGACCCCCCCAGGUUAAGCUGCUGCAACUGAUUUGACCAAUAUGUGGAAUUAAUUUUGUAUAAUUUUGAGUUUUGUUCUGUGUAUUGAUGGCUGCUUUAAUGUCAAGGAGUCAUUUUCCUUAAAUUGUCGAUUUGAAGUGGGGGAAAGAGUGUUAAUGUUUCGGUCUACAAGGGGUAACAUUCAGGCCUUUUCAAAGUGUCGGGUGUGUCUUUCAUAAUCACAAUGGACUAGAGAUACCUGUAUUAACACAUGGUUUACCUAUUGUGUGGUUUGUAUUUUCUAAAGUAAAAUAAACCACUGUCUGAAAGGUGCAGUAAUCUGAAUCAAA